AUGCGCUAUGCAAAUUGGCGCCAUCAUGCUGAUCAUUUCACAACAUUUCAGAGUUUAUUUGAAACGGUACGUUUCUAAUCGUUUAAAAACUGCCGAAGUGCAGAAUUGUAAUUGUAGUGACUACUGCGUUAGUGUAGCAAAUAAACAGUAAUAUUAAAAGUCUGAUUUACAGAUAAAAUGGAACCUCUAACUGUACCACCUUCUCCGAAUUGGUACGAAACAAAAAUCGCUAUCUGUGCGCCAGAUAACACGUUAAUUUAUGGCGCUAACAGUUCUAUCGUCAUUAUAAAACCGGCGCCCAGUAGCAAACCAUCAGAUAUUUCUGUAAUUUCAUUUGCGCAUUUGGAUCGAGUGCAUGCUUUGGCCAUGGCUCCUACAUGGAAUGAACAAAAUCGCAUGAUUGCAUCUAUUGCUGAUGACAAACUUGUGAAGGUUUGGAACCUUCUUGAUAACACAUGUGCUUAUUCACACAAAGCACACGCGCAAUCCAAGAGCCGUCCGGUUGGUGUCGCAUUUAUUAACGACACUAAAGUUGUGUCUGUAUCUGAGGAUGGAUAUGUGAUAGUAUGGAAAAUGACCACAAAUGAAUUCACACCACAUAAGAACUUGUUGGGAAUGAAAGCUCAUGUUACAGCUAUUUCAACUUGUCCACAUGCUGGCUGGCUUACAGCAUUUGGAAUGAGGAAUGGAUUAGUUGUUGUUACUGAUUUGAAAGGUCAUGGCAAUGUUUUAUAUAAACUAAGAGCACACGAACGCGAAGUACUUGAUUUUGCUUGGUGUCCUAAAGCAGCCAAUGUUAUUCCCGACUUGAUAUUCAAAAAGAAAUCAGAAGCAAGCAAAGAAACUUCAGGAGAUGGUAAACAGACUGACAACGAAAGUGAGACAGACGAACCUAAACAAGAUGAGUUUGUAGAUGCUCAAGACACAAUUGAUGCAAUGCCUGCAAAUGGUACUCAUAUUCAUUGUGCACUUGAUUCACAGUUGCAAUCAUAUGAAUCUCAACAAAUUGGUGCUAUUACAUCUCAGGAUGAUGACCAUGUCACGAUUCCUACACAGGUUCCUUCUUCAUCUCAGCCGCCACCACCUAAACCGAAAAAGGCCAACCCAUGGGCAAAUUUAAAACAUGCUGACGACGAUGAAAUGCCCCAGGAACCAGAACCUGCAGUUCAAGAAGUCCUCAACACAACGGACGAUUUUUUGAGCGAGUGUCUUGCGUUAAAGGCGAGAAUUAUUGAAACUAAAGAUGAAGAAGUAAGUUUUAACGAUAGUCUUCCACUUGAUGAAUCUAUUGAAAGCAAGACGCCUGUCAGAAAGAUUCUACAAGCAACGCGUGUGAAGAAAAUAGAGAGUAAAAAAGUUAUGGACGCAGCUGGUGAUGCGCCAUCCGCUGAUAUAGUAUCUGAUCUUCUCAGCGAUGAUGCUACUAGUUCUGAAACAACUGUAAACGAAUGUGAUACUCCUCCAGCCGUCGAAUCGCCUAAACCUGAGUUCCUAUUAGCUUCCUCCGCACGAGGAGGACACAUUGUAAUUUGGCGAGCGGGUACGGAUGGCCGUGUACAGAGAAGGAUGCGAUUGCCUAAAGCUAAAAGUCGUGGUGGGUAUGGACGAAAUAAUAAUAACAACAAUAAUAUGUGGCUUACAAUGCAUUGGAUUGCGCCUGAACAAUUAUUAAGUUGUGGAGCUUCUGGUGAAUUAAUGGUUUGGCCUGUUUCUGAUCAAGACCCUAAACCCAAGUUGAUUCAUAAUGAUCAUCCGAAACUCUUUUGUAUUACUUCUCCGUAUUGUCACGAACGAGAAAAUUAUUCCAAAUGGGAGGACUUGGCUGCAUGGACGAUUGGUCAAGAUAGAAGUAUUUUGUACACUAUGUUACAGAGUAGGAUGGUGCUAGCCUGUUAUCCAACAUUUCCCUGUCCGGUUGUGACUUCUGCAGCGUCACCAAUUGCGCCAACUCGUGUAGCGUUUGGUAUGGCUGAUGGUUUCAUUCGAGUUUGGGAUUUGAGUAAAGAAAAUAAUCAGUGCAUUCAGAUGAUUCAAAUCAAAAGUAAAGUAGGUGGAAAAGUGAUGUCAAUGGCAUGGCACACAAGCCAAGAAUACUUUUUGGCUUUUGGUACUCAGGACGGGUUAGUAGGUUUUGUAAACUGCGGCCAAUCGAAGAAACCACCGGUUUAUUUCGCGCAACAUUUCAUCACGGCGAUUUACAAAUUGGAGUGGGCACCAAUCCCCAACAAACCUGUGGAUAAACACGGUUUAUACUGUUGCGCCGAAGGUCAACUCGCCGUGUACAACUUCGACAAUCCUCUGAUAAAUCCGGUGCUAGUGCAAACGCCGACUAGCGAACGGGUAACAAAUUUUGCAUGGAAAUCCGAUUAUAGUAAGCUAGCGAUUGGUUGUAAGAGCGGAACCGUUUACAUUUUGGAUGCGCAGUAUGAAGUUAAAACUACCUUGUAUUAUCAGAAGAAAGGUAUCGUCAGCAUGGCGUGGCAUUCGAUACAGACCGCGGAAGAUGAGGAAAAAUCGCCAAACCACGAGUGGCUUGCUUCAGCGACUGGUAACGAUAACACCGUUGUGAUUUUUGACUUGAGUAAGGUAAACGACGAGCUCUGCAUGAAGGAAGUCAUCGCUGGCGAACUCUUCGGACAUGUAAAACCAAUAAAUCAGGUAUUCUGGAGUCCGUAUAAAAAUGGCAUCAUUGGUACUGCUUCUGAAGAUGGCACCGUCACUGUCUGGAGCGGGAUGAAACCGAUCAGUACCUUUUUGAACAACAAUGCGGAUCCAGUUUUUAGCGGCUUGUGGAGCCCACUCAACGAGGACGUCAUUAUUUCGACAGGUAAAGAUUGCUCCAUUAGAGUGUGGAAUCUAAGGAACCACCCCACCAAAGAACUGAAUGAUUUGGCGGCGCAGACGCGUUCAGCGCGGAAGAAGAAUCUAAAGCAUUUCAGGUCUCAGAAGGAGGAAAUUGAACUGGAGGUGAACAAAUCGAGGCGAUAUCCGCUGCUGGCUGAGAUUUCCGCGCGGCAAGCGAAAUUGGAAACAGCCACUGCUGAUUGCCAUGUUAUGUUCGAGCAUUACAACAGACCGAAGGAGGAGGUAGCGGAGGAUAAUUUAAUGCUGAAAUUGUUUGGAAAUCCGAACUGCAUUAGCGAAAUUAUCGAUGCGCAGAAAGAUGUACACCGAUCGAAAGGGAAGUUUGCGUUGGUGAAUCAUUUGCAGAUGUGGUCGGGGGAUGUUGGUGAGACUAUCAAGAAGGCUAUUACUGACGGCAACUUAACUCCUUGGCUGAUAAGUGUUGCACCAAUGAUUUCCUUCAGCCUGUGGCAAGAAGCCGUUGAAGCUUACGCCAGCCAAUUAGCCGAUUCGACUAUCAGCGAUCCGGUGGAAAUUGCUUCCUACUACUUGGCGCUUCAUAAGGUCGACGAGGCAAUCGAUAUCCUCAGCGUGAAGCAAAUGUACCGCGAAUCACUGGUGCUCGCCAAAUUGAAGAAGCCGGACGACACCGAUCUACACAAGCAGAUACUCUCCCAGUGGGCGAGUGCGUGCGUGAUGACCGGCCAGUUCGAGAUCGCGGCGCAAAGCUACAUUGCCCAAGGCCAGUUUGAAGAGGCUGCAAAAGUGUUGUACCGACGCAACGAUGAACCAUCACUCGCGUUCGCUUUAGAGCUGGCACGUUUCACCGGAAACGAUACCCUUGCUAAUACCAUUCAGUAUAGGCACGACGUCUUGCAAGCCCAGGCGGAAGAUAAAGUGCAGUUGCCAUCGCGUAUGGAACUGGAGGUGGCGAAGGCGGAACGUGCCUCUGAGAAGGCCGAAGAAGGUAGUACCGAAGGGGUGAACGGCGAUGGCGAUGAUAUUGAUAAGAAUGCCGAUAGUGGUAAUAACGAAAAUGGCAACGGCGAUAUCCACGUCGCGGAUCGCACGAACGGUGGAGAGGAAAAGACUGCCGCAUCCGAUAAUAGAGAGGUCGAUGCUGCCGAUAAUGAACACGUCGCGAGCGCAAAAAGCGUUGUCGUCGGCGAUGCCAUCGAUAAGCAGCGCGAGGAAGAUUGCAGCGAGGACAUCACGUCAUCUGCCAAUUAGAUAGUAUUUUGUGUUUCGGCGCUUCAAGAAUUUAAAGCGAAACUUGUCACUCCAGCGACUCAUUACAGUUGCCGAAUUUGAAAGGCGCAGAAUGCGCAUAUUACGUUUACGAAUUUUUUUUUUCUUUAUUUUCAAAUUCGACAUGUUACGUUAUCGUUUUUUAUUAUUCAGGGCUCGAGCGGGCCCUGUUGGUUGGAAACGCUCAAAGUGAGUACUCGUUUAGUUAUUCACGUAUUUUUUUUCUGCCUGCAUUCGUAUCUACGUGCCUUCGUUUACUCUUGUUUUUCAUAUUUUAUCGUUUUUAUUACAUUACGAGAAAGGAAAAGAAUGAAUAUUUUUCUGUGUUGUUUGUUAUACAAUGAAUAUCGAAAACAAA